AAUUGAUCACCAAACUUAUUUAUAUUAUCAAUCAUGAAAACAUAAAAAGAUUAUCUUGUCUUGUUUAAUUAUGCACCUACAAAUAAUAUAUAGUAGAUCAAUCAAAGAGUUAAUUACUACUUGUUCGUUCAAUUCACUGAAGAAGAAGAAGAAGAAGAAUUAAUGGCGGCGGCAUCUGAUGAGAACAGCAGAGAAACCGAUUCCAUAGACUUCGCCAUGGACGGCCUCAUCGCCACCUCCAUCGAGCAGCUCUAUAACAAUCUCUACGACAUGCACAUCUCCGGCCAGUCCCCGUCCGAGCUCAUGGGCAGCUUCCUCUCCUCCUCUGACGAGGACGACGACGAAUCAAGAAUUGACUCCGAGCUCCGGUUCCUCGCCGGCGCAGAUUACGGAGAUCCGGAGCAAGAAACAUCAUCAUGCGCGGACCAAAAAACCCUUCCUUCUCCGGCAAAGAUUGACAGGGUAGUGUCCGGCAAACGGAAGCCCAGAAAAAACAACAAGAAGACGGGUUCAUCAAGAAAGCCCCCCUGUUCUUCUUCUUCCUUGUCAAAUGACAACCUUGUUGGUUCCCAUCUGCUCAAACAGGCAAGAUCUUUGAUUUCCCAAGGGGAGAACCCCGAAAAGGCUCUUGAUCUCGCGCUUCGAGCCUUGAAGUCCUUCGAAGAAGAAGAACAACAACAACACUCUCCCUCUUCAAAGGACUACUACAAGUCCAAGAAUUUGGACAUUGUCAUGUGCAUGCACGUCGUCGCGGCGUUGUACCGUCGGUUAGGACGGAUCGGGGAAUCGGUUCGGGUUCUGGAGCGGUCGAUCGAGAUCCCGGAGAUGGACAAAGGCCCGAGCCACGCCAUCGCCAAGUUCGCAGGGUGCAUGCAAUUGGGAGACACGUACGCAGCGCUGGGGGAGAUGGAGAAGUCGGUCGCGUUCUAUGCCGCGGGGCUUGAGAUCCAGCGGCAAGUGCUGGGGGAAAAUGACCUGAGGCUCGGAGGGACGUGCCGGUACGUGGCGGAAGCACACGUACAAGCAAUGCAGUUCGAUGAAGCAGAGAAGAUGUGUCGAAUGGCCCUUGAGAUCCGUGGGCACGACAACAACCCUUGCGAAGGGGCAGCCGACAGGAGACUGCUCGGUUUGAUUCUUCACUCCAAGGGAGAGUAUGAAGGUGCGAUCGAACAGUACGUCCUGGCAAGCCUGGCCGUAGCUGGGGUCCACGGCCAGGAAGCCGAGGCAGCUACUAUAGAGUGCGAAAACCAUCCAUUGAUCGCCUCGGUAUGCGUCCCCCUGGCUGAUUUGUACCACAGGGUAGGAAAAUUUAAGGAGUCCAGAUAUUACUGCGAGAACGCUCUCCGGGUUCUCCCAAAAGCCCAACCCGAAGUGAUUGCAAGUGGUUUGGCUGAUUUGUCCGCGAUAUACGAGUCCAUGGGCGAACCCAAGCGAGCACUCGACCUGCUCCACAAGGCCAACGAAGCAUACAUGAAUGUACCACAUAACCAUAGCCACGCCAUUGCAGGAGUUGAAGCUCAGAUUGGAGUUUUGUAUUACAUUCUAGGCGACUACUCAAGUUCAUACAACCACAUGAAAAACGCUGUCGACAAGUUUCGCACAACCGGAGGGGGAGAAAAAAAGGCGGCUCUUUUGGGCAUUGCCCUCAACCAAAUGGGGCUUGCAUGUGUUCAACUCUACGCGAUAAACGAGGCUGCAGACUUGUUUGAAGAGGCAAGAAUCAUCUUCGAAGCCGAAUACGGUCCUUUCCACGCCGACACGUUGGGAGUCUACAGCAAUCUGGCUGCGACUUACGAUGCCAUGGGAAGGACAAAUGAUGCAAUAGAAAUCUUGGAGUUUGUGGUGGGAACGAGGGAGGACAAGCUCGGAACGGCAAACCCGGACGUAGACGACGAGAAGAGAAGGCUGGCUGAGUUGUUGAAGGAAGCAGGAAGAGUUAGAAACAGGAAAGCCAAAUCCCUUGAAGUCCUGCUGGCUAACAAAUCUCAUGCACUAAGAAUGUGUUGAUAAACUUUAUGUUUUGGAAUGUGUACAUAAUAUGGCCUCCUCCCCAUAAUAAACUUAAUUGUUUUGA